GCAGGUAGAGGUCGCUGUCUUUAUCAUGAAGUUUGAGUCUUUGCAGCUGCAGGUAGAGGUCGCUGUCUUUAUCAUGAACUUUGAGUCUUUGCAGGUAGAGGUCGCUGUUUCCACGGUUUCAUUCCGCGGACACGAGAGAACAAAGGGAGCGCGUCCACAUGUGCCUGUACACGACCCCGCCGCAGCUCGCACUCUCAUUGGUUAACUCGCUGGAACCAUCCAGCCUAUCGCGGUUGCCGACACUAGGCGGCGCUAACGUCGGCUCCUGUGAUUGGCCCAGACGUUUGGCGCCUCCGCAGCAGCCGCGGUGACGGACGCGGAGCGGUUUGAACAUCAGCAGCGCGGAGGCGGAAGCAGCGGAACCGUUUUUAAACGUCACUGUCCGGGUGAACCGAGCCGAGAUUCUGCUCCAGGAACGCGGCGUAUUCAGCGCUGGACUCGGGCCCGAAGCGGCGGCACGGCGGCGUCUUCUGUAGCCGUCUCUGGGCGCGGUGAAGCCGGCUUCGCGCAAAGUGAGUCGCUCCCUCCUCCCGUUGCUAACUGCUAACUAGCCACCGAGCUAACGUAGCAGCUAAUCCCGGACACAAAGGACGACUCCCCCCGUGUUUGGCCUGUCGCUCCCCGGCAGCCCCGUUGAAUGAGGACUGGUUCUCCGGUGCAGUUCGAUCAUGGUGCUCACAGGGAAGCGCUCGGAGAAAGGCCCCGCUUGCUGGAAGAGGAGGGUCAAGUCCGAGUACAUGAGGCUGCGGCAGCUCAAACGCUUCAGACGAGCCGACGAGGUCAAGAGCAUGUUCAGCACCAAUCGUCAGAAAAUCCUGAAGCGAACUGACAUUUUGAACCAGGAGUGGAAGACCAGGCGAAUCCAGCCUGUUCACAUCAUGACGUCCGUCAGCUCUCUGAGAGGCACCCGAGAGUGUACGGUGGACAGCGGCUUCUCAGAGUUCCCUCGCCAGGUCAUCCCCCUGAAGACGCUCAACGCUGUGGCCUCGGUGCCGGUCAUGUACUCCUGGUCACCGCUGCAGCAGAACUUCAUGGUGGAGGAUGAGACGGUGCUGCACAACAUCCCGUACAUGGGAGACGAGAUCCUGGACCAGGAUGGUACUUUCAUAGAAGAGCUCAUCAAGAACUAUGACGGCAAAGUCCACGGAGACAGAGAGUGCGGCUUCAUCAACGACGAGA